AUGGCGGCCGUGUCUUCUCGGUCUCAUAGAGACACGGUAGAGAGCGCAGACAACCACGCUGCUCUGGCGGAUGGCGCUUCGGCCAACUCCCAUGCGUCAGCCUCUCGCGGCGGCAGCAGCUCCAUCAGCCGAUCAGGUUCUUCGAGCAACACUCCGGGCCCCCUGUCCCUCGCAGACGCCCUCGCACGGUCCGGCAACGACUAUGCCGCCGCUCUCGACAGCGUUCUGGCCGAGCGGAACAAGCUGGCUCUCGACGCGACCAAGCUCAACUCCGAAAACGUGCGCAUCUGGAACCUCAUGGGUCGGAUCAGGAAGGAGAACGAGGCGAUGAAGGCCAAAGUCCUCGAGCUCGAACGAGGCUCGUCCGCCGGCUCCACCAAUCGGGGCUCGCCGCUCGCACCCGCUGCCGUCAUCUCGCCAGCGUCUCCAGCGUCUGCCCGUCGUAGACUGCCCGGAACGUGGGAGACGGAGCGCGCGGGGAGCCCCCUGAACUCUCCAAAGCCCCUGAGAUCUCCAGCGCCCCCGGAUGAAGCGGAUGGCGGAGGCAGGGGCAACAGCGCAUCCAGUGGCCAGAUGUCGGCUUCCAACUCCGCCUAUGGACAGGCAUUCGCUCAGCAGCAGCAGGAUCAGACCAGCACAUCGGCAGUGCCGUCGAACGCACCUCGGCCUGGACAAAGGACAUCUUCGGGUCAGGCUCGGGAUCCACUCGAUGGCCCAAGCACCAACUUUGACCAGAGCGCGCUGGCAUCGCCCGUCUCGCCGACGCAGCAGUCGUCGAUCAUGCAGCAGCGCGCCGCAGCCAAGGCACAGUCGCUGGCCCGGGUCAUGCACGGCAACAACGGGGACUCCCUGGGAAGCGGGGAAAGCGGCGAUUUUGAGGCAGUCGACCGCAGCUCAGUUUCGGGCACCGACGAGGGAUCGGUAGGAGGGCCUACGCUCUCGGAUCGGACCCACGCGGAUUCGACCUCGCCCUCCGCGCAUGUCAACGGAGGCGGCAUCAGGUCGAUCCCGGAGCAGCAGCAACAAUCGGGCUCUCGGUACGCCGAUGGAUCGAGCCGCGUUCCUCCGUCGCCGAGUCGCUCUAUGUCCCAGAUGAGCGCCUCGGCGACUUCGGCUGCGCCAGAGCGCAGGUCGUUUGCGUCCAGGGCCGCGACCGACGACCGAACCACGCCAAGCAUUCGCUCCGUUCGUGGGAAAGAGGGCGGCCGCAAGCUGGUGCUCUCGCCGCGGCUGGACGCCUCACUGCUCAGGGUGGUGGGUCUCAGGAUUGUGGCAACCAACUACAAGCUCGGCGACCGAGGCAAGGAGGCGAUCUCCUUCCUCAUCACCAUCGAGAUCCUGCAGCCGCCUGCCGCCUGGGCCAAUGCGCCCCCCACUGAGGCGACGCCGCCCUUAUUCUGGACGCUCGAGAAGAACUACAGCGACAUCCUCGGCCUCGAUGCUCGCCUACGCCAAAAGUACGGCAAGAAGACCGCCCAGCGGCUGGCCCCCCUUCCCGACAAGAACCUCUUCAAGGAUCAUGCGCCUGCCAAGGUCGACCAGAGAAAGGCGCUCCUGGAGAUCUACCUCCAGGCUCUGCUGGUCCUGGAGCUGCCCGACAAGGAUGACGUUUGCACCUUCCUCUGCACGGACGUGGUGCCCGACCGCGCCACCGAUCCGUACACGACCAGCAAGGAGGGAUUCCUGACCAAGAAGGGUCAGAACCUCGGCAGAUGGGUCACCCGGUUCUACGUACUUCGCCACUCGGUCCUCAACUACUACGAAACGCGCGGCGGUGCCCAGAUCGGAUCGAUCAACAUCAAGGAAGCACAGAUUGGCCGUCAGCAGAAGACGUCGUCUGCUAGCGAGUCCGACGAGACGUCAUACCGACACGCCUUUCUCAUCCUCGAGAAGCGGGCGGGAAACAGCCACGAGCCCCCGCACAUUGCCCGACACGUGCUCUGCGCAGAGAGCGACGAGGAGCGGGAUGAAUGGGUCGACGUCUUGGUCCGCGCCAUCGCAGAGAUGGAGAGCAUCGCCAACGGCGAGGCGACAAAGGCGACGUCGCAGCCUAGCUCUGCGGGGCUUUCGAGCCAGACUGGCGGCAGUUUGCGUGAUCCCACGUCGCCGCGGGAUCGACACGAGGACGCUGGCGGCUCCGCCUCUCACGAGUCCACGCCCUACGGCCACGCAAGGCGGGGCGACCGCGACGAGCAGCCGCUCAGCCCUCGCGACGGCGUUCAGAGCUCGAACCAGAGCCGCGCGUCGACGUCGAGGCGAGACCUCGGCGGAUAUGCCGACAGCGCCUACAGCGCGCCUGGCUCCGGCCAGGGGCCCCAUGGCCUGUCGGUCAACCCGUCGCUCCCGUCGUCGGCCUCGAGCCGCACCCUCGGCGAGCCCCGUAGUCCGGUCACUCGCACCGGUCUGGCGCGCGAAAGCCAAGAUAUCCCCGGAUCCCCAGGAUCCAAGCACGAGGCACUGCCCCGCAGCAAGCCGGCCAUCAGUGGGCCGAUGAACGGCGCACCGAUCCCAACCGGCUACAAGUUUGGGGCCAAGGACGAGGCCGUCUCGGCCCCGCACGACGGCAAAAAGGACGACCGUAAGCGCUUCUGGCAGGGCUUCCGCGGCUUCGGCCACAACGACAAGCAUUCGCCGCGCGAGCCCCGGCCCGUCUUUGGCGUGCCGCUGGCCGAGUCGAUCGCCAUCUCGAGCAUCCACGAGGGUUUGGAGCUGCCGUCGGUCGUGUAUCGCUGCAUCGAGUACCUCGAGAAGACAAACGCCGCCAUGGAGGAGGGCAUCUACCGGUUGAGCGGCAGCUCGGCCGUCAUCAAGACGCUCAAGGACCGCUUCAACGCCGAGGGCGAUGUCGACCUCUUGGCGGGCGAGCAGUACUAUGACCCCCAUGCGAUCGCCGGCCUGCUCAAGACAUUCCUCCGGGAGCUCCCCACCAGCGUCCUUACGCGAGAGCUCCACCUCGACUUUAUGAGGCUCAAUGAGAUCGAGGAUCGCACGGAAAAGCUCAAUGAGCUCGGCCAUCUCGUGUCGAUGCUGCCGCUGGCCAACUAUUCCCUGCUCCGGACCCUCUGCAGCCACCUCAUCAAGAUCAUCGAGCACGCCGAUGUCAACAAGAUGACGAUGCGCAACGUCGGCAUCGUCUUCAGUCCAACGCUGGCAAUCGGUGCCGGGAUCUUCGCCCUCUUCUUGACCGAGUUCGACAACGUCUUCUUCACCGACGCCAAGGGCGAGCCGGCCGCGCGCGUCAUCGAGGAAGACAUCCUGGCGCCCGACGCGUCCGAGCUCGGCUACUCGGAGGAAGGGACGGUGGCCGACACGGGCAGCAGCCUGGAGAACGCCAGUGCGGCCCACUCGUCGCAGCAGGGGCAUGCCAGCAAAGCGAGGAGCAAGCGCAACAGCCUGCAAUACCGCGAGUCGCAGGCCGAGAGGCUCCUCGGCCUCGAGGGGAGGAGGCUGAGCUACCGCGAAAAGGAAGAAGACUGGGCGGGCAUCGGAGCCGGCGGCGGGAUGGCGGCCGGAGACAUGCACCACGCCGAUCCGCGACAGGGUCCGCCCCAGGCGACAUCGACGACGACCACGCCCACGGGCGACGAGGUUGAGGUGCCGGUCCGCCGGCAUUGA